AUGUUUGGAAAAAUCCAGACGUAUAUCGAACGAGUACUUGUAAUUUCUUUGGUGUUCCACAUGAAUUUUGUGACUGGAAAUUGCAAAAACACAACCCUGAAGCUGUUUGAUGACCAAAUACACGCUAUACAAAAGUCUGUGAGAACCAUUGUAGAGGAUGGUUCCUGUGGCAACAAAAAUAUUCCCGUGGGUUUUCAUGCAUAUAUGGGGUCAACAAAAGCAAUCGCAAAGGGUGUUGUGUGGGUGUAUGAUAAAAUAGUCAUUAACACCCACAAUGCAUAUAGCGGCACUACGGGAAAGUUCACCACACCGGAGCAAGGACUGUACAUGUUCUCUUAUGACACACAAAGCGACCCGGGAAAAAUGUCACAUACCGGUCUCCAUGUCAACGGGAAGAUCAGAAGUUGGCAAGGUUGUAACAACUAUGGUGGUAAACAUCAGGGGUUUACAUGUAGCAACACCGCGAUCCUUCUGCUUCAGAAAGGCGAUGUGGUUUAUGUUGAAGACCAUCUUGCAGCUGCUACCAUAAGAGGAUUGUAUUCAGAUUUCAGUGGGGCUAAACUCAACUAGGUGAAAUCAGAUAUGUAUAUGUUGCAUUAAUCUAUGGAAAA